UCUGUAGCUGUGACAUGGUACUUCCCACAUCUGGUUCCCAUUAGACUGUGGGUAUAAAAUGGAUUCCUGGCUAUACUGUGAUCACAGACACACUCUCAGCUAUGGAAGCCGCACUCUGGGUCUGUUUGUUCUGCUUGCAGAGCUGCUUACUUGCAGCGGGUCAGAACAGCAUAGAUAUGAGCAGGGACCUCACCAAAGACCAAGAUAUCAUGACACAGACUCGACUGAAAAGGGAAACUAACCUAAGCCAAACUGGAGCUAUUACAGUGAAGGGCAGCCCCAACUUACUCAUACAGGUUGACAGGUCAAGAAGACAUCUGUCCAAUAACAAGCGGAAGCUCAAGCGCAAAUCACGUGUCGGCUCCUUCUCGCUGCUUAGCAACAACAACCCUGCCGCUCCUUUGCAGGUCACUAGGGUGAAGAGAGACGACAGACAGGAAAGUAUUGACAUUUUGAGUUGCGAGGCAGCCAAACUGGUUGUCAACAACUGCAUGCGUACCGCUGUCAAAGCGCAAUUGGUGUAA